AGACCAGAAUUGCCUACCGAGUACCGAGUAUGGAGAUGUACCAUGGUUUCCUGUUGGAUAUCGAUCCCUUGGCGGUGCUGCAAAGAUCGCCUGCUCUUCCACCCCCCUCUUUUCUUUUUUCUCUGGUACACACGGGAUGUUUGAUUUACGAAAAGUGUUCCAUUUAAAGUGGACCCCCGGUAUUUAGUUUGCCUAUCCGAUCGACGCUUGUGGGCCUUAAACUGGGACUUUCUGGAAUGGAGUCUCGGCGACACUAACGCUUUUCCCCUAGGGUCUGUCUUGGUUGUUUCCACCCAAAAUCUUGUCGGUGACCAAGAGGAGAGCGAAGUCUUGUGUGGCUGCGAUCCAUGCGGGGGGUCAUCGCGCCGGUUCUGGGCAUGAUUAUUUCCCUGGCCACACGUUGGCUUCUCAUGUUUGGUUUGCGAGUGUGCUCUGGGAUCUGGGAGGGUGACGAAUCACCAAUCAACCGUCCCUGCUCCGCGGCGGAGGCCUCUCGUGCUCUUGUCCGAUUGAAAUCCACACUGCAUGGGCCCAAGUCAACCGCUCCCCUGCAGCUGCGGCGAGUGACAGACGACGGUGGUUUAGCUUGGAAACCACCCCUUGUCAAAUGUCAUUUCUACGGAGACCGGGCACGCUCGAUAGCAAAGUUAUUGGGAGGGGCUUGUAAUUGUCAUUACCAAGGCCUGUUUAUCUGGGUCCCCAUCGGGUUUCCCGCUAAUAUCACGGCGAGCCAGUGAGAAUGACGUUGAUUCCCUCCUACUUGGCACCUGUCCUCGUGUCUAAAGUUUCAGGAACCUCUCGGCCCAGGCACCCAUUAGUAUCACCUAGCCGUGAUUCCGCUCGAUGAUCUUGGAGCUGCCCCUGUCUUGAGUCCUUGACCCUAGCUUCGCGAGGGGGGUCGCCGGGUGGGGUAUCUCUCCGUGAGCGUACUGGGUCUGUGAUGAAGGCAUCCACGGCGUCGUAGGUUUGGAUAUGCUGAUCGCAGGCGACUUAGUCUCUCCCCAUUCAACAAAGCUUUGCGCGGUUCAAGGCCUUCACUCCACAGCAUCCACACACACAUGUCGGUAGUUCUAUUCCCAUCCCAAUUUAGUCUGAACAUAGUCUACCGUUGUGGCUCGAAUCCCAUUUUCCGCCACUGAUUCCCCUUUCCCCUCUUUUAUUUUAUUUUUUUU